AUGGCCACAGGUGCAGCUGGAGAUGGACUUUUCCGUGGUGUAUUCGAAGGGUGCAUUUCAGGCGGCGACACGGGGAUCCAAAGAAGGCCGUACCAUAAAAAUUGCGGGUGCCAACUACAUAAAUUGCGUCAAAGUUGCUCGCAUUUGUCAAAACAUAGAGCCGUGGCCUAUCGUGUUAGGCGGUCUUGGAGCGAAGGUUGCCUCACGUUGAUGGCAUCUGGUCUCUCGUCGUCCCCUUGUUCCUCACCGACCAAAUCCACCGAGGAGAUGACAAGGACGCUAACGCAAUUGACACUAUGUAAGGAAGAUGAAGAACAAGAACAAGAGACUAAGUCCGAGCUAAUCUCUCCGAGGCCAUCAAUGUAUCUCUUGUCUCGGAUUCAGUCUGAUUCCCGGCUUCUUCUGAUUGGUAGAGGGACAGCUCUAUCCGAGCUAAUCUCUCCGAGGCCAUCAAUGUAUCUCUUGUCUCGGAUUCAGGCUGAUACCCGGCUUCUAGGCUUUCCACCCGGUUUCGAUGGGACCGAAGAGAAGUCAUUCAAAAGUGUAGGCCUUUCUUCGUCUUGUGUUUUUGUCUCACACUCUCACCCUUUGGCUGAGAUGAGAGAGGGAGAUUCCAAGGCAAUCUUGGUCGAGCAAGAGCGUUUCUUUGUUGUUUUACAAUUAGAAACUGCAGUAUAG